AUGGACUUUCUGGCCAAAACUCGCACAAGAAUCCAAUGCGGCAACCUGGAGUUAGAUAUCACCGAGGCAGUGGCCGACAGGAAUGUUCAGGAGCAACAGGUAGAACGGGCAAGGACACCGUCGCCAGACCGGGACAUCCUGGAGCUGCACCCGAAGGACACGGAGGCGCAAGCGGCGGAGGCACAGGCAGAGGGAGCGGCAGCAGGCCAUGAGACGGAGGCACGCCCAGACUCACAAGCACCACAAGCGGAGUUAUUCACGAACGAGAUGGGCAAAUUGGGCAACAGUACCGACAGAACUUCCGCGGUAUUCAAGGAAUGGGACUACGAAAACCCGGCCACAGUGUUUGUGGCGAGCAGGAACAUAAAGGGCAUUUCGGUGAACAGGAGCCGACUGGAGGUGCCCGAACUGUCCGAUGCCAUGGACCGAAGGUGCCAGCACUUGGCCCAUGACGACAACACCCAAAUCCUCAGCUGGACAAAGCCCGUGGAGGAGAAAAAUCUCGAAGGCUACUUUGUCUACUGGUGCAACAAAACCACAUGCCAGGCGGACUCAACCACAGAGCUGAAGUACGAUUUAUCCGACAUGAGUCCGAAUCGAAUGGCCGUGGCGGCCAAUUAUGGUGCUGACAAGAGUGGCGGCAUGAAGUGGUUGCACGAGGACCAAGUGGGGGUCACCGGCAGGAUCCGGUAUGUGGAGGGCAUCCUUGCCCUGCUGGUGCUCGGUGUCUUCUUCCUCGGCGUCCGGAAGCUUCGGAAUAUGGCGAAGAUCGAUGUUAAAGUGCCCCCGGGAGUGCUGAUGCCUAGGGCGCCCUUCGACCCUGACCAGUCUCCGCUCAUACAACCCUAUCAGGGAAUUCCGCAUCCGAGAAUGCUCUAUUCAGACCUCAAGAAGACGGAACCCCCCGACGAUUACCCCGAUGUGCAGAUUGAAGUGGAGUUCGAGGUGGAGGUGGAGGAGGGGGAGGAGUCACAGGAACCAGAGCCAAUGGCACUGCCCUGCGGAUAUGUGUCCAAUGGAUAUGUGACCAUGAACACAGCAAAUCCCAUAUUGAGCGAUGGAUACAUUAAGCCACCGCCUCCGCGAUGA